UUUCUUUGUUGUGUUUAUAUGUUGUGACUCAGUGCGAAACUGUGAUAAAACCUCAGAAUUGAAACAAAAUUUAGUCUGUCGCCAAAAUUACAAGUGUCAAGAUGGCUUUGGUUUCCGAUGAAGAGUGGGUGGAGUACAAGUCCAAAUUCGACAAGAGCUACGAAGCGGAGGAGGAUCAGAUGCGUCGCGAACUGUAUGCAAAGUCCAAGGCCCGGAUUGAUGAACACAACCAGAAAUUUGAGAAGGGCGAAGUGACUUGGAAAAUGGGAAUCAACCACUUGGCUGACCUUACUCCCGAAGAAUUCGCCCAGCGCUGUGGCAAAAAGCCGCCAAAUUGAAUGCCAGAAUCUCAGCUUAAUCUCAUUUUAAAUAGUGAUUUUUUAAAGACAGCAAUCUCUCUGUAUUUAUAAUAAUAUGCAUUUGUAUUUUUGAAUGUUUUUGGUUCACCCACCCCCAAAAUAAACAAUAAAUCAGCUGUUUUGUGUACUAAUC